CGCCGCGCGGGCGCGGAGCGGCGCGGAUGUCGGGCUGGGCGGACGAGCGCGGCGGCGAGGGCGACGGGCGCAUCUACGUGGGCAACCUGCCGAGCGACGUGCGCGAGAAGGACCUGGAGGACCUCUUCUACAAGUUCGGCCGCAUCCGCGAGAUCGAGCUCAAGAACCGCCACAGCCUCGUGCCCUUCGCCUUCGUGCGCUUCGAGGACCCGCGAGAUGCCGAAGAUGCAAUUUAUGGAAGGAACGGAUACAACUAUGGCCAGUGCCGGCUUCGCGUGGAGUUCCCUCGCACUUACGGGAUCCGGGGCGGGUGGCCCCGUGGCGGGAGGAACGGGCCUCCUACACGAAGAUCCGAUUUCCGAGUUCUCGUUUCAGGACUUCCACCGUCGGGCAGCUGGCAGGACCUGAAAGACCACAUGCGCGAAGCCGGGGAUGUGUGUUACGCGGACGUGCAGAAGGAUGGGAUGGGCAUGGUGGAGUAUCUCCGGAAAGAAGACAUGGAGUACGCCCUGCGGAAGCUGGACGACACCAAAUUCCGCUCUCACGAGGGUGAAACUUCCUACAUCCGCGUUUAUCCAGAGAGAAGCACCAGCUAUGGCUACUCACGGUCGAGGUCUGGCUCCAGAGGCCGUGACUCUCCAUACCAAAGCAGGGGUUCCCCACAUUACUUCUCUCCUUUCAGGCCCUACUGAGACAGGUGAUGGGAAUUUGGUCUUUGCUUUCUAGGUGAACUGAGCUGCUUUCGGCUCAGCCUCUACAUUCCAGAUUGAUGAUUUAGUGUCUUAGAAAAUUUUUUUAAUUUUUUUUAAAAAGGAAAUAAAACGACAUGAUUUCUACCAGGGCCCUAUUAGCAGUGACACGUUUCCAACUGCGGAGAGUGGUUUUGGUUCAGAAACAAGGUGUCUAUUUUUCACCCCGGAUAAUGGGGGAAAAUCAGUGCUGUGCGUGUGGGUUACUCUGUUAUGGGGAUCAGUAGUUACUGCGACCGAGUCGGCCCAUUCUCUUUAGAAAUAUAUUUUAAAUGUUUAGUCAUGGA